AUGCUACCUUUGUUAUUGCCAUCCAUUAGUAGCACAGAUGAGAAACACAAAGUAUAUAUGAAUUAUGGAUACAAAUUCGAGACAGUUUUAGAUAUCUUGACAUCAAAUAGUGAAAUACAUUUAAUAAAAUCACAGGAUACAGGAGAAUCAUUUAUUUCAAAGGUUUAUGACAUAUAUGGAAUAAGUGAAAAUGAUUUAAAGAAAUAUAUGAAUGAGCUAUAUAUAAUGAAGAAAUUGGAAAAUUGUGAAAAUGUUGUUAAGAUUAUCGAUUUUAUUAAAGAAAACAAUUCUUUAUCUUUCAUAAUCGAAUUUUGUAGCCAAGGUGAUUUACAUUCAGAUAUUUUAAGAAGGAAAAUGAACAAUGAAAUAUACACAGAAAGGGAAAUAUUUAAUAUUUUCAAUCAAAUUUUAAAUGGGUUAAGUUCAAUUCAUAAAAAUGGAAUAAUACACGGUGAUUUAAAGAGUACUAAUAUAUUUAUCAAAGAUAAUGAAAUUAAGAUAGGAGAUUUUGGUAUAUCACAAAAAGGAUCAAAUAAUAACUUGGGAACAUUAAAUUUUUUAAGUUAUGAAUCUAUAAAAUUAAAAAAAACUAAUAAAUUAAGUGAUUUAUUUCAAGUUGGUUGUAUAUUAUAUGAAUUAGCUACAUUGUCUUCUCCCUUUGCUGCUAAUAAUAUGAAUGAUAUGAUUUUACUUUUUGAAGAUAAGAAUUAUAAAAAUUAUAUUACCAACAAUAUUUCAUCAGUUUACUCCGCGAAGUUAGUUAAUAUAAUUUCUAAUUUAUUAUCGUUAAACACUUUAGAACGGCUGGAAGUUAUUACUAGAUAUAAUAUAAGCAGAAGAGAAAAUACAAAUUUGGAAUUUUCAAAUAUGAUGCCAUGUAUUACCGUAUAA